UAUACAAAUUCAAAUAAAGAUGACAGUGAUUCAUGACCGAAUCACUCAGUGGAAUAGACGCGUCAUUUUACGGUUAUAUAGCUGAUAUGUCCAGCAUGUCAGUGGUUAGUGUUUUCAGCUCACUCUUCAUUCGCGUGCUUGUAUACUCUCUGCUCUCAUAAGUGACGCGUAGCCUCUUUACGCACCAGAGAGACAGCGCUCCACCACCCCUCUCCACUCCAAACCGGGGGCUCUCUGGUAUUUCAAAUUAAAUUAACUUGUGACGCGGUCCACCCCUCUCAUUUUACGCGCAAGCUGUCCAUGAAGCACUGUCGAACAUGCGCGCGCCGUGCCGUGCGCGAGGUCUACAUGACGUGAAAGAGCAAGACAUUCCUCCUGGACACUUUCGGGAUUACUUCUGCACCUGAAUGCGAACAGAAAGUGCGAACUCGGUGCGUCGAUGAGAAAGAUCGCGCAAGUGUUCAACAGCACACAUCUCGAAGAAUGCAACUUCUUACUUGUGCAGAAGAGGCUGCUGAUCUAUGAAUGGGACUGUGCUGUGGCCACCACGGCUUUCUGUGCUCCAGUCAGGACUAUGUGCUGCCCAUGUGCCACUCUGAAUGCACUGGCCAGCUGUUUGCGAGAGCAGGGAGGGUGGGGCGGCCAACAGGGCACGAGGCGGAAGCCGGGCUAUGCCCCCUACGUUCCGGAUUGCAGUUCUGGGGGCUCAGGGGGUGGGCAAGACAUCCAUUGUUCAGCGCUUUCUUCAUUGUGACUACAGUGAGGUGGCAGUGUCCAGUAAGACGCGACGGGUGCAUCUUUCUGCUGCAGUGCUCAAUGGACAUGUGCAUGACCUUCAGAUCACAGAUUAUCCAGCCAUCAGCAGUUUUCCUGUCAGCACUCUGCAGGAAUGGUCAGAUGUUUGCUGUCGAGGCAUUCGAAGCGCUCAUGUCUACAUCUUGGUUUACGACAUCUGCUGUUUCGACAGCUUUGAGUAUGUCAAGACCAUGCGGCAGCAGAUCUUAGAGACCAGGGUCAUGGGCUCUGGGGACACGCCUAUUCUGAUUGUCGGCAACAAGCGUGAUCUACAUCGAGGUCGCGUCAUACCCCGCCACAGUGUAUCUGACUUAGUGCGAAAAAGCUGGAAGUGUGGAUAUGUGGAGUGCUCUGCUAAGUUCAACUGGCAUGUUUUACUGUUGUUUGGAGAGGCUCUCCGCAGUGUGGGUUGUGCCCGCUGCAAGCACGUCCAUGCCACCAUCCGUUUCCAACGGGCGCUCAGGAGAGAUCGCUGUUCCCUAAUGUGAGCUUCCAGUUUCUUUUUUGAAAUGCCCAUUUGAAAACUGAUGUUUUGGACAAUGGAUGCUCCAUGAUUCCUUGGUCAGAUUGGAGAGCUGUGAUAACCUUCUUGCCAAGGAAGACAGAUGUGGUCUUUAAACAGGGAGUCCCUGUUGCUUCAUUAUCUAAGCCUUCAAAUUGAUGUCUCCACCUUUGGCCUGAAAGAAUACAAUCAACAUCUCUGCCUCUUACCAUAGAAACAACAAAGAAACUGCCAAAAAGCUGGUAGAAGGCAACAAAAACAGCUUUACAAUAGUGUAGUUCUGUCAUUGCUUACGUUCAGGCCAGGAGAGCUUAUCUAAAUGCUUAUGCUGAGCCUACACUAUUGGAUCUUCUAGCACCUGUAAGAACAAGUGUCUCCCAGCUCAGGUGCCCAAAGAGGCACCGUACACAGGCACUUAUUCUGCAAUACUCCACAGAACACAAAUAAUACAAAGAGUCUACAUUCUAUGGAUACUUCCAUGUUGUUAAGAUAUUCCUAUUUGUCUUGUUUUGAUACUGUAUCUUAUCCCACAAAUGUACUUUAAUUUUGAAACACUGGAGACACAAUGAACUACCAUAAUUAAAUCAAGUGAUGGGGAAAGAGAAAAAUAUUAUUUGAAUGUUAAUGUGUUAUGAAUGAAUCAUCUGACAUUGGGGAACCCUUUUAGGUCUCAUCCUAUAUUUUCAUGCAAAGGUUUGUACGAUGUCUGUAUGAGACAGGUAAAAAAAGUUUAAAUAUAGCCUUCUUUAAAGGUGCUGUAAGCGAUGUUAGCGGUUCUGGAACUUUUAUACACUUGCACGUCUCAUCCACACUAGAGCAGCGUUUUCCUCCACCAAAAUCUGAGACUUUCAAAAAUACUCUUCAAUAGUCGCAUACUUUGGAAAACGAUGACAUUAGGAAGCUGAAACUGAGUUUUCAAACUGAAACAGAUUAAUGUGGAUGUGGUCUAAGGCACUGAAUUAGACACGGAGCCUCAUUCCAAAGUCCACACUAAUGUCGUUUUUGUUUGAAAUCUCAUUUUUACAGUUUCCUAACAUCAUCAUUUUCCAAAGUAUGCGACUAUGGAGAGCAUUGCUGAAACCCUCCGUUUUCGGUGGAGGAAAACGCUGUUCUAAUGUGGAUGAGAGGAAAUCACGUUAAACCUGAAUUACUUAAUUUAAAUAAAACACUUUCAGGUUCAUGAUUUCCAUAUGUGGACUGCCUUGUGUUCACGCAAAAUGACAGACAGGCAGAAAGUGCCUCAAAGUCCUCUGAUUUGCUAAACAAAGAAAAAAUCUGUAUGUGGCACACGGUUACAUUUAUUUCAUUUAUUUUUUGGUAUUUACAAAGAUUAGCACUGUCAUGAAGUAAUAUGUGAUAUUUCAGGACACCCAUUUCAUUUAUAUUUGUCAGGUAAUAGGGAGGUUUUCUGUGUGCUAGUCCAUUAAAAAAUCACUAACAGCACCUUUAACGAUUUUACCCAACACAUCUCUGCAACAAAUACACAACCCAGUUUGCUCAAAUACAUGUUAAAUACAAAUGUCUACUUCUACAGAGCACAGUAGUCUUAUAAAUGGCUAGA